AUGGAUUUCUCUAACCUGAAUGAGGCCUCAAUUUUGCUAACGAGUACGAUAGCAAAUGAUCAGUAUUCCAAUGGAUCUAUUCAAUGCUCUUUUUAUGAAUGGAGCCGAAAAACGAAUGCAGCCGGAUUCCUAAGAAUAUUCUCAACAAUCUCUGUGCUCACAGUUCUUGUUGUGGUGGUCGUUCUCGGAAACGCUCUCGUUAUUGCAGCUGUUUUGCUGCGAAGACGAUUGCGAUCAGCCACUGGCUUGCUAAUCUUAUCGCUAGCAUUUGCUGAUCUAUUAGUGGGUACCGUGAUCCUUCCGUUCAGCAUAGCAAAUGAGGUGCUCAAUGAAUAUUGGAUUUUUGGGCAAACAUGGUGUACGAUGUGGUUAACAAUGGACAUUUGGAUGUGUACGGCAUCCAUUUACAAUCUUGUUGCGAUUUCCAUCGAUCGAUACAUCGCUAUUAUCAAACCGUUGAACUAUCCAAUGUUGGUGACGAAAUUUCGAGCGAGAUGUAUCGUGGCUUUUGUUUGGAUAUCUUCUUUUCUAAUCUGUUCCCCGUCAUUCAUGUUGGCUUCGACUGAUAAGAAAAACGACGAUUGCAAAUGCACACCAGCUGAUGCGGGAAGAGCUUACAUCAUAUUCAGCGCAAGCAGCAGCUUCUAUAUUCCCAUGAUUGUCGUUGUUUUCGUUUACAUGAGAAUCUAUAUCGCUGCAAGAGCUGCAACAAAGAGCAUCUAUAGUGGAAUGAUGCAAGUAACCCAAAGUGCCAACAAGAAUGCCAGAAGUUAUUUGAUGAGUCAUCCCACUGCCAUCAAUAAAGAGUCCCUACCAAUGCUCAGAGUUCAUCGCGGGUCGAAUGUGACGACUUUUAAGACGUCUGUAUGUGAUAAAACCAGAAAUGGUGCAUCCGGUUCUCCGUGCAUGGUGGCGAAAAAUCACACUAACUCAAAGGAUGGCUUGCCCACUUACGAGCAAACAAAGAACGAAUGCACAACACCCGAGAGAAAAUCCACAACCGGCUCACAGGGUGCUUUAAUGUGUGCAAAGGCGAUUCCGGAAAGAUCGAGCACCGAGUCCGAGCCAAGUCCCAUUGGGUCGCCGACUAAAUGUAGCAAAGGAUUGUUGGAAUGUGAAGAGGAAGAAGAGCCUAAAAAGCCUACCGGUUGGAAAGCGAAAAACCCCUUGGCACGAUUGAUGAGAAGAGCGCCAAAGAAUAAGACCGCGGGUGCCUACGAAAAGCGGCUUUCAUUGGAGAUCAAAGCUGCAAAGACGGUAGCCAUUGUCACCGGCUGUUUCAUCCUUUGCUGGCUUGGUUUCGCCUUAGUCUACGGUCUCAGCCUGCAAACAUCUCGAGUGAUGUGGAGUAUUCUAUUCUGGCUUGGCUACUUAAACUCCGCCCUCAAUCCGGUCAUCUACACGGUGUUCAAUCGAGAGUUUCGAAUUUGUUUCAAGCGACUCCUCACUUGUCAUCACCUCAACCACACGACCAACAACAUAAAAACGUACACCAACAACACAAAUAACAACUCCUACAACAGUGUUGCACGACCGGUCGCUGGAGGACCAAAUAGUGUUGUGCGAAAUCAACGAAACUCCUCUCCGCCCCAUUUAUAUGCCUACACUGCAUCUCCAAAUCCCAGUGGUGACGCAAAUAAAGAUCUC